CGAUAAAGCAGAGGCAGUGUUUCCAGAUAUACCAACCCCAUCAGCCUCUGAGAUUUUUUUUUUCUAACUACCACUUGACAAUUGAACGAUUGUCAUUCCAAAAGGCAAACAUGAAGCGCAAGCUCAACGAGAACGACGUGCCAACCUCGGCUGCUGCGGCCGAAGCUGAGAAGCAGAGCGAGACCGCGACGACGACAGCGGCGGCUGAAGAAGCGACGUUUGCAGACCUCGGACUCGAUGCCCGGCUGGUGCAGGCCGUUGCAGAGCAGGGAUUCUUGAAGCCCACGCUGGUGCAGCGCAAGGCUAUUCCGCUGGCGCUGGAUGGAAAGGAUGUGCUGUGCAAGGCGAAGACUGGGUCUGGCAAGACGGCGGCGUAUGUGCUGCCCGUGCUGGCUGGCAUCUUGAAGAAGAAGAGUGUCGAUUCUGCGGCUGCCACGACGGCUCUGAUACUGGUCCCUACUCGAGAACUUGCCGACCAAGUCUUCAAGUCGAUUGAGCUGUUCUCCGCCUUCUGCGCCAAGGAUGUUCGCGCCGUGAAGCUGACUGACAAGCUCACCGAUGCGGUGCAGCGAUCUCUGUUAUCGACCUCGCCCGAUAUUGUCAUCUCUACUCCCGCCCGAGCCUGGCACAAUGUCAACGGCAAUUCGUCGGCCCUGGUGCUGGACAAGCUGGCAUACCUUGUCUUGGACGAAGCCGAUCUCCUCUUGUCGUAUGGAUAUAGCGAGGAUUUGGAGAAUCUGUCGUGGUCUAUUCCCAAGAGCAUCCAGACGACCAUGAUGAGUGCUACGUUGACGACUGAGGUGGAUUCUUUGAAGAAGAUUUUCUACCGUGAGCAGCAGCCUGAGUUGUUGGAUUUGGAGGAGCCUGAUGCGGAGGGUGAGGGUGUUACGCAGUUGGUGACCAAGUGUGGUGAGGACGAAAAGUUCCUGCUCAUUUACGUCAUCUUCAAGCUUCAGCUGGUUAAAGGCAAAUGUAUCAUUUUCGUCGCCGAUAUCGAUCGAUGCUACCGCCUGAAGCUCUAUUUCGAACAGUUUGGCAUCCGAAGCUGUAUUCUUAACUCAGAGCUGCCGGUCAACUCUAGAAUCCACGUGGUGGAGGAGUUCAACCGCAACGUCUACGACAUCAUCAUUGCCUCUGACGAGAAGGAGGUUCUUGGUAACGAGGAAAAGGCCGAAGAAGAGCAAGAGGAUGAGGAAAACGAGGGCGAAUCGAAGGAGGAGUCUCGGCCCAAGAAGAAGCGGAAGGCCGCCAAGGGAGACGUUGAAUAUGGUGUUUCUCGAGGCAUUGACUUUAAAAACGUCGCUGCCGUGAUCAACUUUGACCUUCCCACAUCCGCCUCGUCAUAUACCCACAGAAUAGGCCGUACGGCACGAGCUGGCCGGACGGGCAUGGCGCUGUCGUUUGUCGUUCCCAAGGAUCUCUACAAAAAGCACAUCUACACAUCCAUUACCAGCGCAGAGAAUGACGAGAAGAUUUUGGCGAGAAUCACAAAGCAACAGGCGAAGAAGGGCAAAGAGCUGAAGCCAUACGACUUCAACAAGGACCAAGUGGAUGCUUUCAGAUACCGAAUGAACGAUGCGCUGCGUGCAGUGACAAAGGUGGCGAUCCGAGAGGCCAGGACGAGGGAACUGCGUCAGGAGCUGCUGAAGAGCGAGAAGUUGAAGAGAUACUUUGAAGAGAACCCUACAGAGAUGAACCACCUCCGCCACGACGGCGAGUUAAGAACGGCCAGACAGCAGGCCCAUCUGAAGCACGUGCCGGACUACCUCUUGCCUAAAGAGGGCCGACAGGGCAUUGCAUCCGGGGAUAUUGGCUUUGUGCCGCUGAAGAAGCACGAUAGACGCGCGGGAACCAAGAGGAAAGGCGGCGGCAAGAGGAAAGUGGGUACACGAAAGGGAGAUCCCUUGAAGACGUUUAAGGCGAGACGGAAGACGAAAUAAGGGAAAGAUUGGAAGAAUGAGCGUGUGAAAUGGCGGCAUCUUUUUUUUCUGUUCUGUUUUGGAGUGUGAUGAUGGAGCGAUGCGGCAGUGGCUGCGUAUAUAAUGCGAUUUAC